AUGGGCCAGAUUUUCAAGGUCAAAGGUCACAUGACCGAAGAACAGGCCCAAGGGGAUGAUCAUUUGCGGUUUUGUAAGGCUGGGAACGACCUAGCUGAUCACUACGCCAAGCUCGGGGCGUUGGCUCACGAGAGGCCGAGCCCCGAGCAGUCUGAAUGGCUCGAUCGAGCCCUUUCGAUUGCUAAGAAACCCGCGUGUGAUCUGUCGCAGGCCACGCGUGAGCAGCGGGAGCCCGCCGUGUCCGCUCCCAAGAUUAGCCACUCUCUGGUGCAUAGGGACGGCUACUGGCAGUGCAAGCAAUGUUUGAGGGUGUCCAGGUCCUGUUGGCCUCCCAACAGUGUCUGCCGUCACACCCACAAGCUCUAUGACACCAAGCUCAUAGAGCUUGGCCACAAGUGCAUUGCCCUGUCUUGCUCUGACGGUAGCGCUUUGUGUAUCUGCCUGAAGUGUAAGGCUUUUCCGACUGGGGGCUACGUGCGCUAUCUCAACAAAGUUUGUAAUGGUAAGCCGCACUGCCCCCGCUCGGCGGCCUCAUAUUGGAACCGUCUCCUGUCUGGCAAGCACCCGAAGAGCGACUUUAUUUGGCUCGACGUGGAUGCUCUCAGUGCGGACCGCGACCACUCGCGGCGUGGGCGGCAGCGCAACCCAGCGGCCCGCAGCGGGGACGCAGGCCUCGGCGUCGGCGCGCAGAAUGUGCCGCACGCCGGCCUGUUCUCCUUCGACGCGCAGCAGGCCCGGGCGCUGGGUGGCGUCCUCGGCGGGCCCCUCCCGCCCGAGGCGGCGCGGGGGCUGGCAGAGGAGGUCCUGGACGCUAUGCCGGAGCCGUGGCGCGGGGCGCUGCUGGCGCACUGGGAUUCCACUUCGGCGGGCGCGCUGGCAGCAUGGCGGGCGGAGCUCCCGGCCUCGACUGCAGAGCGCCCCGGGGCCGCGCCGGGUCUCCAGGCGCGCCUGGCUGACCUUGUGCCCCGCCACCGCCUCGAGGCCGUGGAGGGCGCGCUGCUGUGGCGGCGCGACGUGGCAGGCCUGGAGCUCCUCCGCGACCUCCGAGCCCCAGGCACCGACCACGGUUGGCUUUGGGAGCUCUCCGGGGCGCUGGCGCUUCUCCCAGAGGAGUUCCUGAUCGCGGCGCGCCUGCGCUCCACGCGCGGCCACAACAGAGUGCGGGACGAACUCCUGGCGCUGGCCUCCCUGUCCGACGGGGCCGCUCGGUCGGAGGCGCCGGGCCUCAUCGAGGCCGCGCCGCUUCUCCGCCUGGCCGCCUUUGGCCGGCUGACGGCGCUCGACGCGGGCAUCGUGGCGCCGCACGCGGCCGGGGCCGGCGAGGAUGCUGCCGCCGCCUACGUGGUCAGCAAGGUCGGCAAGUACGCGCCGCACCUGCCGGCGCUGGCGGCCGACGGGAUCGCCUACCGGCCGCUCGAUGCGUCGGCCGCGGUCGCGUCCAUGGCAGCCGCAGCGGGGAGGCGCCUGGGCGCGCCCUCGCACGCGCUCGCGGCGCGGGCCCGCACCGCCAUCGUCGCCGCGAUCUGGCGCCGAGCAGCGCGCAUGGGGAUGUCGGUGCCCUCCUGCCAGGGGCCGGGGCCGCCGGUGCAGCCGGCAGGAGGCGAGGCGCUGGCGGGAGCGCUGGCCGGCGUGGCGGGCGAAGCGGACGCCGUCGCCGGCCUGGCUGGCACUGGGCCCGCGGGGCCGGCGGGCCAGGUCGGCGCAGCCCUCCUGGGGGUCGGCGCAGCCGCGGGCGUCGCCGAGCUCGUGGCCGCGUUCGAGUCCAUCGCGGGCGCGGUCGGCCCCGGGGGAGCUGGCGCGCCUGGCCUUGGCGACGCCGGAGGCGCUGCGGCGGAGGCUGCUGGCGCUGCGGGCUGCAGCGCCGCCGCGGGGGCCGCAGGCGAGCCGGCGGGCGGGGGCGCCCGGGGCCCGGCCUGGUUUGCCGGCCUCCGACUGGCGCACGGGAGCGGCCCCCCGGCGUAG